UCCGUGUGUCGGUGCAGGUGCUCCGGACUCUGAAGACAUGGCGGGACCAGGAAGGGACCGGGUCGUUAAGCUGCUCAGGCAGCUGGAGCACGCAGCGUGCAGGUGUCCUGCUCACUCCAACACCUUCCAUCAAGGUUCACCUUUGACCUGCACCGUCAGAAAAACUGACUACGCCUUCGAGAUGGCCAGUUCUAACAUCAGAUAUGGAGGAGGAGUCAGCAGAGAGAUCGGCAUGGAUCUUCAGAACCUCGGGGCCCGGAAUGUCUGUCUGAUGACGGACAGGAACUUGUUCCGCCUCCCCCCGGUGAAGGCGGUACUUGAGUCUCUGGCCAAGAGCGGCGUCAACUACAAGGUUUACGACAACGUCCGAGUGGAACCCACAGACACCAGUUUCAAGGACGCCAUCUCUUUUGCAAAGACGCACUCGUUUGAUGUGUUUGUGGCAGUGGGCGGGGGCUCAGUGAUUGACACCUGUAAAGCAGCCAAUCUGUAUGCUUGUCAUCCCGACGCUGACUUCCUGGAUUUUGUCAACGCUCCGAUCGGCAAAGGGAAGCCGGUCACCGGAACGCUGAAGCCGCUCAUCGCAGUGCCGACUACGGCGGGCACGGGCAGCGAGACCACAGGAGUGGCCAUCUUUGAUUACGAGCCUCUGAAAGCCAAGACAGGUAUCGCCAGCAGAGCCAUUAGACCCACGCUGGGCAUCGUGGACCCGGAUCACACACUGAGCAUGCCCGAGAGAGUUGCUGCUAACAGCGGCUUUGACGUCCUCUGCCACGCCCUGGAGUCAUACACUGCUCUGCCGUACCACAAGAGGGCGCCCUGCCCCUCCAACCCCAUCAACCGCCCCGCCUACCAGGGCAGCAACCCAAUCAGCGACGUAUGGUCCCGCCACGCACUUAAUGUGGUCGCCAAGUACAUGAAACGAUCAGUACAAGACCCUGGGGACGUGGAGGCUCGGUCCAGCAUGCACCUGGCCAGCGUGUUCGCAGGGAUCGGCUUUGGAAACGCUGGAGUUCAUCUAUGUCAUGGAAUGUCGUAUCCAAUCGCUGGGAACGUGAAGACUCACAUUGCCGAGGGUUACAGUGUGGACCACCCCCUGGUGCCUCACGGGCUCUCAGUCGUCCUCACAUCUCCAGCUGUCUUCAACUUCACUGCCCCCAUGUGUCCAGAGCGCCACCUGGAGGCUGCGGAGAUCCUCGGUGCAGAUGUCCGGCAGGUGAAGCUGGUGGACGCCGGUGCUGUUCUGGCCGAUACGCUGCGUCACUUCCUGUUUGACCUGCAGGUGGAGGACGGUCUGGCAGCUGUGGGCUACAGCACAGAGGACGUCCCUGCGCUGGUGAAAGGAACUGUCCCUCAGGAGCGAGUGACCAAACUGUCCCCUCGGGGACACACUGAGGAUGACCUGGCCCUGCUGUUUGAAGCCUCCAUGAAACUCUACUGAUGCAGGUCUGGUAAAAGCCACAAGAGGGAGCCGCUUCUCCUCCUGUUUGGACUGGUGAUGACAUCACAGUGAAAUAAAUAAAAGUCUCACUGAUGUUUGUCUCAAUA